AUGCCAAGGAAGGAAGGAAAACGGCAAGAGAAUGGUGAAGGAGGCCAACAAGAAAAGAAGAAACAAGGAAGACAAAACGAACGGCAAAAAAAGAAAAAACAAGGAAGACAAGACGAACGGCAAGGAAAGCGAAUAGUAAUAGAAUGGAAGGAAGAAAAACGGCAAGAGAAUGGUAAGAGAAAUCAACAAGGAAAGAAGAAGCAAGGAAGACAAAAUGGACAGCAAGGGAGGCGAAUGGUAAGAAAGGCGAAUGGUAUGAGAAUAGUAAGGAAGGCGAAUGGAGAAGGUAAAAUAGAAAUGUAUAAGGAGGGAGAAAUGAAUG